AUGGGAAUGUAUUUGCAUCUGCUGCUUUUGCAGUACUAUUUAGUCUCGAGUUUGGUGUGCAACGCCGUCGCUUUCGUGGAGGAGCCUUCUGGAGGCAGGUCGGACGGGUACUGCGGGCGGAUCCUGCGGGCGCAGACCCAGGGGACCCGGAAGGAUGGGCACCACGAGUUCAGGCUCAGAAUGGAUGGGGACCCAGAAAGCUACCAGCCUGGCAGCACCUACAGAGUGGUCCUCCUGGCAGCCAGCCCUGCUUAUUUCAGAGGUUUCACCCUCAUCGCACUGAAAGAGGGCAGAGAGGGCACCACGGAUGAUGACUACACCGGCCAGUUCCAGAUCAUUGAUGAGGAUGACACACAGUUCAUGACCAACUGUCCCCCUGCAGUGACGGAGAGUACACCUCGUAGACGCACCAGGAUACAAGUGUUCUGGACAGCGCCGCCUACUGGGUCUGGCUGCGUUAUACUGAAGGCCAGCAUUGUCCAGAAGAGAAUCAUCUAUUUCCAGGAUGAAGGCUCUCUCACCAUUCGGCUGUGUGAGAAAGAGCGUGUGUUUGGUGGAGCUACGGAACCUCCUGCCAUCGAGUGCUGCGCCUGUGGAACAGCCAAGUACAGACUCACCUUCCAUGGCAACUGGUCGGAGAAAGUGCAUCCCAAAGAUUACCCCAGACGAGCCAACCACUGGUCUGCUCUGAUUGGUGCGUCCCACUCCAGAAGCUAUGUGCUGUGGGAGUACGGAGGCUACGCCAGCGAGGGAGUCCGUCAGGUGGCUGAGCUCGGCUCCCCCAUCAAGAUGGAAGAAGAGAUUCGACAGAAGGGAGAUGAAGUACUGACUGUCAUUAAAACUAAGGCUCAGUGGCCGGCGUGGCAGCCCCUCAACCUGCGAGCAGCUCCAUCAGCAGAGUUUUCAGUGGACCGCACCCGUCACCUGAUGUCCUUCCUCACCAUGCUCGGGCCCAGUCCGGACUGGAACGUGGGGCUUUCAGGAGAGGACCUCUGUACCAAGGACUGUGGCUGGGUCCAGAGGCUUGUGACAGACCUUAUUCCCUGGGAUGCAGGAACUGACAAUGGUGUCACAUAUGAGUCACCGAACAAACCCACCCUUCCUCAGGAGAAGAUUAGACCCCUAACCAGUUUGGAUCAUCCCCAGAGUCCCUUCUAUGACCCUGAAGGAGGGGCAAUUACCCCUCUGGCCAAGGUGGUGGUGGAACGCAUUGCUAGGAAGGGAGAACAAUGUAACGUGGUGCCAGACAGCAUAGACGACAUUGUAGCUGAUAUUGGACAGGAGGAGAAGGAGGAAGACGACACACCGGAGACGUGCAUCUACUCAGGCUGGUCUCCAUGGUCGGCAUGCAGCAGCGCCACCUGUGAAAAAGGUCGCAGGAUGAGGCAGAGGAUGCUUAAAGCCCAGCUGGACCUCAGUGUCCCGUGUCCCCACACUCAAGAUUUCCAGCCCUGCAUGGGCCAGGGAUGCAGUAUUGAGGAGCCUUCAACAUGCAUGAUGUCAGAGUGGAUCAGCUGGUCAGCCUGCAGUGUGUCCUGUGGGAUGGGGAUGAGGUCCAGAGAGCGUUAUGUAAAACAGUAUCCUGAGGACGGCUCGCUGUGCCAGCUCCAGACUGAGGAGACAGAGAAGUGUAUCGUCAACGAGGAGUGCUCUCCCAGCAGCUGUGUUGUGACUGAGUGGGCUGAGUGGGAUCCCUGCAGUGUCACCUGUGGGUUGGGCAUGAGGAGACGUGAGCGCAUGGUGAAGAUGCCUCCUAUAGACGGAUCGAUGUGUAAGACGGAGGUGGAGGAAGUGGAGAAAUGCAUGAUGCCAGAGUGCCAUACCAUCCCGUGCAUGCUGUCUCCCUGGUCGGACUGGACUGAGUGUAGCGUGACGUGCGGCCGGGGCAUUCGAACACGUCAGAGGAUGCUGAAGUCUGAUCCUGCACAGUGCACGGAGGAGCUGGAGCAGACAGAGAAGUGCAUGCUGCCCGAGUGUCCCAUCGACUGCAUGGUGUCUGAGUGGUCGGAGUGGUCAGAGUGCAACAAGUCCUGCGGUAAAGGACACACCAUCAGGACCCGCAUGAUCAAACUGGAGCCUCAACUCGGGGGCAGCGCUUGUCCCGAAACCAUCCAGAGGAAGAAAUGCAAGGUUAGGAAGUGCCGGACAAAAACGAAGGAGGAGAGAGGAGGAGGAGGAGGAGGAGGAGGUGGUGGUGGAGGCAAGAGGAGAAGAAGGGGCAAACAGGGAAAAGAUGCAGCCGUGGAAGAACAGGCAGGUUGCAGGAUGCAGCCGUGGACCAACUGGACGGACUGUACCAAACCAUGCGGAGGGGGGAUCCAGGAGCGUUACAUGUUGGUGAAGAAAAGAGCUAAGGGCGCCAUGACGGCCAGCUGUAAGGACCGGAAGGAGAUCCGUGCCUGUAACGUUCAUCCCUGCUAGGGGGCACUACUGAGCUACAGAG